AUGGCUUCAGAACAAAAGCAAGUAAGGAUAUUGACAAAGAGUGAACAGAGACAAACUAUCAAGGGAAUUAAGAAGCCUAAGAAGAACAUUAUUAAGAAUUACCUUGAGAGCCCAUUUGCUCUUGAGUGGCCAGAACUCACCACUGGUGAUGAGGAAGCAAUCACUGCUUUGAUACAGAAGACCUGCAAAGGGCUGAGGAAGUUUGAAUGCAAGCCCCCAUGGAAACAGGUGGCCAAAUAUAAAGGAGCUGAAAGAAAAUCAUUUUUAAAGGAAUGUCAUAUAAAGUUUCAAGAGAAUCUAGAUCCUGAUAGUAAAAGACAGAAUGACAAGAGGAAAGAAGUAUUGUCUCAUCUGAUAUUUGGCUACAAUGCAGUGAUGAGAGCCCUGGAAAAAGAUGGUGUUGCUGGAAUCUUGGUAAAGAAAAAUGUUAAUCCUGUUUUUGUUACAAAGUCUUUCCUGCCAGGGUGUGCCAAAAAAUGCAUUCCAUUGGUUCCUUUGAAUGAUUUAGAUAUGUUACUGAAAGACAAAGAAACACUCAGCCUUCCCCAUGCAUGCAUGGUUCUUGGAUUGAAAACAUCUGUCAAAGAGGAGUCGAACUUGUUUUACCCAUUAUAUAUCAAGAUGUGCGAAGCUCUUUGUGUGGAAGAGGAAGAUAUGAAUGAAGAUGUUUGUGAAAAUGAUGAGCUAGAAAAUUCUGCUGCUGAUGGCCUGGAAAAUAAGAAUUCAAAAUGUUCUUAUAAACUCUCAGAAACUGAAAUAAGUUCUUACCACCUAAAACGAAAUGGUAAGGGCACACGAGCAUUCAUUCCAAAUGCACAAGAGGUUGAAGUUAAGGACUCAGAUUGGAAUAUGGAUUUUGUAGGUUUCAAGUCCCUGGAAGAUCAGAAUAACAUAUUUAAACAAGAUGAAGCAAAAUCAAGAAAAAAAGUUCAGGACAAAUUAAGGGAUUUCAAUGGAGCAGCUUCAGUCAGUGAAAACGUAGACUUUAGCAGCAUGAUUCUUAUUGAUGCUUCUGGAGAUGAAAACCUCUCCGUAGAAACUGACAAGGUGAAGGAUAAAGCCUCUGAUGUAGAGAAACUUCCAAACAAAGUUUCUCCCAAAACAAAGCGAAAAGCAAAAAAAGUAGAUGUUGAUCGUUAUAUUUCUGCGAAAACCAAACGACUGAAAGGAAACCCCAAUAAGAAACCUAAGCAUGAAAAGUUCUGAGAUACAACUUACAAAGGAUGUUGCAGUCUUCAAGUCUGUUUUGAUGGGCUGCACCUUGGAUGAUGAAGGUAGAUGCAGGUGUAACAUAUAUUCAGAUUUGUUUUGGUUCUUUUCGUUAAGUGUUUUAUUAGCUUAUUGUUGUAAUUAUAGGAUUGUUACACUACUUUUUGAGUGCACAAGACAUAAUCUGUAAUCAAAUUAAAUGAGUUUGAUGUUGGUAUGCAAUUGCUAAUGACAUUCCAGUUCUUAUUUUUGAGGUCUUCAACUUAGUACUUGUAUUACCUUCUGAAUGGUGUUUAAUAUGAGUUUCAUGUAUAUUUAUAAUUUAAGUACUGUGAAACCAUUAUCAGAGUGUAAUUGAAAUUGCCAGUACAUAUGUAAGUAUAUUAAAUUAUUCUAAAUUGUC